AUGCGGCAGCUGCAACCACUGUAUGACGGGUACGCGAAUAUUACAGCUGACAAUGAUGGUGAUGAUGAUGAUGACAUUGACUCCCUGCGCAAGCAUCAUGAAAAUCCAACUGAAUGGCGAAUCAGGCGUGAAUUUCUCCUUCAAAAUAAAGAAAAGCUUGACCCAGAACGCUUGGAAUGUCUUUCCCAUUGUUUUAUCAACGCAGAACUCUAUGGAAACGGAUACCCUGAAAAAAUUAUGCAGCAGGUAACGAUGAUCGGCUUGGGGCAUAUCGUUUCGCGCCACCUAAUCAGACUGCACCUAAGCUGUCAGCAACAGUCAGGCUCCCACACAGGGCCAUUGGUCUUGAACCCGCCGCCUGAUUCCCUGAUGGAUGAGGACAACAACGCGUUCUAUCUGGUGAAGGGGUUCAAACGGAUUUCUUACUGUCAUCGAUCAAUUGAAUAUAUGGUUUUCGGAGUUGUAACACCCUUCCGGUGCCUAGCUGCAGCGCCACCUGAGGGGAGUACGAGGGCUGGAAUACCGCCAGGCUGCCCAAACCUGGACAGGGGAAGUCGAGAGGCAGAUGUUGGGUUCGACCCACGGACCUUCCGGUCAGUGCUGCUCUUUGGUAUCGGUUCUUAUCCCAUUGCUACUGGCGGACCAGCCAAACCUGUUUUGCCUAUUGUCUCAUCAACCCAAAAUCUGUAG